AUGAAUCUCCUAGACCCCUUCAUGAAAAUGACCGAAGAGCAGGACAAAUGCAUCUCUGGCGCCCCUAGCCCCACCAUGUCGGACGACUCCGCGGGGUCCCCCUGCCCUUCUGGUUCCGGAUCGGACACGGAGAACACCCGACCGCAAGAAAACACCUUCCCCAAGGGCGAUCCGGAUCUGAAGAAAGAGAGCGACGAGGACAAAUUCCCGGUGUGCAUCCGAGAGGCGGUCAGCCAAGUCCUGAAGGGUUACGACUGGACCCUGGUCCCCAUGCCGGUCCGUGUGAACGGAUCCAGCAAAAACAAGCCCCACGUGAAGAGACCCAUGAACGCCUUCAUGGUGUGGGCACAGGCGGCCCGGAGGAAGCUGGCGGACCAGUAUCCGCAUCUGCACAACGCAGAGCUCAGCAAAACCCUGGGCAAACUCUGGAGGUUGCUGAAUGAGAGCGAGAAGCGCCCUUUCGUGGAGGAGGCCGAGAGGCUGCGGGUGCAGCACAAAAAGGACCAUCCCGACUACAAGUACCAGCCCCGGAGGAGAAAGUCAGUGAAGAACGGGCAGUCGGAGCAGGAGGAGGGCUCCGAGCAAACACACAUCUCCCCCAAUGCCAUUUUCAAGGCCCUGCAGGCGGAUUCUCCUCAGUCUUCCUCCAGCAUGAGCGAGGUUCACUCUCCCGGGGAGCACUCUGGGCAGUCCCAGGGGCCCCCGACCCCUCCUACUACACCCAAAACAGAUGUCCAGCCUGGGAAGCAAGACCUGAAGCGAGAAGGGCGCCCUUUGCAGGAAGGAGGAAGACAGCCGCCCCACAUUGACUUCCGGGAUGUGGACAUUGGGGAACUCAGCAGCGACGUCAUCUCCAACAUAGAGACCUUUGAUGUCAAUGAGUUCGACCAGUACCUCCCACCCAACGGUCACCCUGGAGUCCCGGCCACUCAUGGGCAACCCGGUCAAGUCACCUAUAGUGGCAGCUAUGGAAUCAGUAGCACGUCAGCCACUCAAGCUGGAGCUGGGCACGUUUGGAUGUCCAAGCAACCGCCGCAGCCCCAGCAGCAGCCGCCGCCGCCCCAGGCCCAGCCCCCGCCGCAGCAUACAAUGACCACGCUGAGCAGCGAACAGGGCCAGUCCCAGCAGAGGACACACAUCAAGACAGAACAGCUCAGCCCUAGCCAUUACAGCGAGCAGCAGCAGCACUCCCCUCAGCAGCUCAAUUAUAGCUCCUUCAACCUCCAGCACUACAGUUCCUCCUACCCGACCAUCACCCGCUCGCAGUACGACUACACAGACCACCAGAGUUCCAACUCCUACUACAGCCACGCGGCCAGCCAGAGCACCAGCCUCUAUUCCACCUUCACGUACAUGAACCCCACCCAAAGGCCCAUGUACACGCCCAUUGCAGACACUACCGGAGUCCCUUCCAUUCCCCAGACCCACAGCCCACAGCACUGGGAACAGCCUGUCUACACACAGCUUACUAGGCCAUAA